AUGACAUACACUCUCGCUUCCGCAGCCCUGGCUGCUCCAUUGUUCGCCGCUCUCGGAGCCAUGGCUGCAAUUGGCCCUAUUACCGAUCUUCAUGUCAAUAAUACUGCCCUUUCGCCCGAUGGCUAUUCUCGCGACACGGUUGUCGCUGGCGGCACGUUCCCAGGACCACUGAUUACGGGCGAUACCGGCGACGAGUUUCAAAUCACUGUCUACGAUGACUUGAGCGACGACAACAUGCUCACUACCACAACCAUUCAUUGGCACGGUUUGUUUCAAGCCGGCACUACCAACAUGGAUGGUGUGGCCUUCGUUAGUCAGUGUCCAAUCGUCCCAGGGAACUCCUUCCUUUACGAUUUCAGCGUCCCUGGACAAGCUGGUACAUUCUGGUACCAUUCCCACCAUUCAACACAAUAUUGUGACGGGCUCAGAGGCCCUAUGGUCAUCUAUGACCCAGAUGACCCUUACCUGGACCUUUACGAUGUCGAUGACGAAACUACCAUCAUCACUCUGGCCGAUUGGUACCAUACGUUUGCCCCUGAUGCUGGCCUCGUGCCUACGCCCGAUUCUACACUAAUCAAUGGUUUGGGACGCUACACCGAUGGACCUGCCUCUGAUCUCGCCGUUAUCACUGUUACGCAAGGAACGAGGUAUCGCUUCCGUUUGAUCAACAUUUCCUGCGACCCGAACUACGUUUUCACUAUCGACGGGCACACCAUGACUGUCAUAGAGGCUGAUGCGCAAAACACCGAACCUGUCAUUACCGACUCUAUCCAAAUAUACGCUGGGCAGCGCUACUCUUUCGUGCUCGAAGCCAAUCAGACCGUCGACAACUACUGGAUCCGUGCUCUCCCGGACGUCGGAACCACCACCUUCGAUGGAGGAUUGAACGUUGCCAUUCUCAGAUAUGACGGCGCGGACGAAGUUGAUCCUACUACAAACCAGACUACCGCCACGAUGGCGCUCGCGGAGACUGAUCUUCACCCGCUGGACCCUACUGGUGUUCCUGGAACUGCGGAGACAGGUGGUGCGGACGUCGACCUCAACUUGGCGAUCGCUUUUGAUGCCACUACCCUUCAGUUCACGGUCAACGGCGUCGCCUUCACCCCACCGACAGUUCCCGUUCUUCUCCAGAUCUUGAGUGGCACGCAAGAUGCUGCGGAUCUUCUCCCAUCCGGAAGCAUUAUUGGGCUGACGCGCAAUCAGACCGUCGAAAUUUCCUUGCCUGGAGGAGCUGCUGGUUCACCUCACCCUAUCCAUCUGCACGGACACGCCUUUGACGUCAUCCGUAGCGCCGGCAGCGACACCUACAACUACGACAACCCAGUGAAGCGCGACGUUGUGAACAGUGGCGUUGCGGGUGAUAACGUUACCUUCCGAUUCACUGCCGACAACGAUGGCCCGUGGAUUUUGCAUUGUCACAUCGACUGGCAUUUGGCCGCUGGCUUUGCUAUAGUCUUCGCGGAGGACACCGGCGAUAUCGCUGCUGACACCACGGUGAACAUUGAUGCCUGGGACGGCCUGUGUACCGAUUAUGACGCAUCUGGGCUUGCAUGA